AUGGAUAAAGUACAAUCUUUGGAGAAUGACAAACGAGUGUUGUUGGAGUUUAUAAUGCAUCAAUAUGGUCAUUCUGUUCCAACACGAUACCUGAGUCAGCCAUUAGUGUCAAUCAAUGUUACAGAGUUUAUACAAGCCAUCAAAUCAGCUAGCUCUCCGACUGCAAUGGCUGCAGUCACUGCGACCAAUGGACACACGGGUGCAGCUGCACCACACAACCAUAGCAACAUAUCCCCACCAAAAUCAAAUACACCUACUCUGCACAGCUCCCUUUUACCAUCACCUCCAUACGUUGCAACUGGUACCCCUCCCAUCAUCACUACACCAGACACAUACGGUCACCUCACCAAGGAACAGCUCCACCUUGCUAGUUAUGAAACCUACCUCUUGGUCAAUCAUUUUACAAAACCAACCGAUCAAAGAAAUACAAAUGAAGAAGAUUCAUUUAGAAUUCAAAUGGAAAUAUCAAAAGUUAAACAUGACCUAUUUAUAAAGAUGUUUACAAUUAAAGCACAACAUAAGGAGUUGCAACCACCAAGAUUCCAUUCAGUUACCUUUAGACUGUGGACUAUGAGGUAUGCCGACUUUAGCGGAUUUGAUACGAUGGACUCUAUGAUGUUGUGGUGGCGUCGUCAAAUGUAUGUAGUGUUGACGGCACUUGCCAAUAUGCUAAAGGAUCCAUUCGAUGAAAAGAGUCCAUCACCAGCAGUACUGUCAACACUCAGACAACACUGCUUCAACGUUGAAAGUUGUUUGGCGGCAAUGCCGGCACCUGGUAGUGUCGAUUAUCGCAUCUAUUCACAGGCAUUUGAAAUAUUGGAUUCCUAUAUUGCAUCGUCAGUCUUGCAACGUACCUCUCCCAAGAACAUAUCGCCAUCACAACAACGACCACUUGCAACAGAGUAUUUAAACGAACCCAUUGCAUACACCUUCCCACUCAACACCAACAUGUAUGAAGAUUUACUAUUCUACACUCUAUUUGAAUUUAGUAAUGAUGAAAUUGUCUAUGUUGGUAAUGAUACACUUGAAACUUCAUCUUGUUUGGUUCCAAUGUCAAUGGCUUUAAGAAUUUCUGAACCAAUGUCAAAGAUUUGUCAUUUAAAUUGUUUUUUGACAAGUUAUCAAGCAGAGUUGAGAGAAGAUCAUUUUAUCAGAUUAAAGAAAUCAUUGGAUAUUAUUGAGGAGAUUAUUACAAAUAGUCCUACAACCAUACAAGACCCAUCAUUUGCAACUGCUAGUUUAUUGAAAUUGACUCUCAAGAAAAUAGCACAAUGGUUAUUGAAAUUACUAAGUGAUGUUCAUUCACACAAGAGUGAACAUACUUCAAGAGACAUUGAAUUGGCUUGUUCUAUUUAUGUACAAUCAAGAGAAAUGUGGAAUAUGUUAUCAUCGUACGUGAAAUAUAUUAUAUAUAAUAGACGGAAUAAAUCAAUGAAAACAACAGAAUCUAAUUUUACAGCAUUUUUAACAUCAUCAAUAUCAUGUCAUUAUGGUAGAAUUUCAAAACCCUAUAGACCAUUGACACUUGAUAACUUUUCAACAUUUGUAGAACAAUUGAUUAAAGAGAUUGCACUCAAUCUUCGAGUUUAUACACGUGGGUUUGCCAAACAUCAUGGUAAUGCAGCAUCAUGUGCUCUCCAAGAAUUUGUAAACCUCUACUCUAUGGAUUUAAAGGUUGUCUUUGGUGAUGUUUAUUUCCUCUCACCUCAAGUUUUACAAUCAGUUCAAACAUCUUCAGAUUUCCAAUUAUUUUUACAAGAUUUAAAGUUAUUACCUUUAGAAAAAUUACCACCAGUAACAGAAUAUGUUAGUACAGUAAUAUCAUCAUGGUGUCAAAAUCAAGAAAAAUCAUUUAACAAAUGGUUUGAAAAUAUGUUUCAAGUUGACAAGUUUACACCUAUGGACAAGGAUCAUAAACAUUCAUCAUCUGUACUUGACAUGUUUCAAAUGUUUUACCAAACUCUUGGUACUCUGAGUAAAAUGAAAGGAUCUUUGGGAACAAAUUUCGCUGGAUUCAUUAUUACUCUAUCUGGAAUGUUUAACAAAUGUUUAAUUAUUUAUAAUCAAACAAUUGCUGAAAUCUCUUUACAAAAUCAAAAACAACAUUUAUAUCCAUUUUCAUUAAAUGAAAAGAUAAAGAAAAAAGGAGCAUUUAGAAAAAGUGUAAAUAGUUUAACAUCAUCUGCAACAGGUGUUGGUUCAAGAGAAAGUGAAAAAUAUAAUGUAUCACCAACAUUAAUUACAAAAUUCCAAAAUCAAUCUUUACAAACUUUGAUUGUAUGUUUAAAUAAUUUAGAUUUUAUUUAUAAAAAUGUAAAUGAUUAUGUUGAACAUCAUUCAUAUGCAGAUGUAAAUCUAAAGAAAUCAUUGGCAGAUAUGUUUUUACCAACUCAAUCAUCGAUGAAGAAUAGUGCCACUGCACUAAUUGAUUAUAUUGGUGCCAAAGUUGUUUUUAUCGAUCUAAAGGAGACUUUUAUCGAUAUUUGUUACAUGUUUCCACUAUCACAAAGAACACGAGUCGACGAACCAUUGGAAUCUCUAAAUCCUCAUCUUCGAACCAUCUAUACAAACGUGUCAUCUACAGAAAGAGGUAAUGAUGUAUUGACAGCUGUUUGUAAAGCGUUCCUUCAAGGUUUGGAGUAUUUAAUUUUAUAUGGUGGUCCCAAUAGAAUCUAUUCUGCAAAGGAUUCAGAUUUAAUUGAUUUGGAUAUUGAAACCAUUAAAGAUUAUUUCCUAGAUCGAGAUGAACAAGGAGUUGCAAAGGCUGUACAGGAACUACAUUUUGAUGGAUUCGCUAAAAAUCUUCGAAAGGUGGUCAAUGUGUUGAUGGACCAAGGUAGUGAAAUUCUCAUUGAACAGUAUAGUGGUGUCAAUAGUGGUACGAGUAAAACAGCAGCAGCAGGCUUUGGAAAGGAAGUACUCAUGGCUAUACUAGUUCACAGAAAUGAUAAACCUGCCAGAUCAUUUAUCAAAAAGAAAUCAACAGAUCAUUUCUACUUGCAAAUUAAAAAGAAUAGUAAAGUUAAUUUCCUUACUCAAUAA